CAUCCAGCUCAAGAUUCCAAGCCUCUAUACAUUCACCUCCACUCGAAUACCUUAACAGGCCGAGAGAGAGAUAGAGAGAGAGUUAUGGCAGUCCGCCAUCUUCUAAAAUGGCUGCCAAUUCUCCUCGUACUCUCAUGUCACGCUUCCUUCUCCUCUGCUGCCAGAGCCACCCCUUCUUCGCCAAUGAAGGCUGUCAGCCUCGGAGGAUGGCUGGUGACCGAGGGCUGGAUUGAGCCAUCCCUCUUUGAUGGCAUACCCAACAAAGAUCUCCUGGAUGGCACCCAACUCCAAUUCGAGUCCGUGACGCAGCAGAUGUACUUGUCCGCUGAGGAUGGCGGCGGAACGAUCAUCGUCGCGAAUCGGACUAGUGCUUCGGGUUGGGAAACCUUCACGCUGUGGAGAAUUACAGAGUCCACCUUCCAAUUUAAGGUUUUCGAUAAGCAAUUCGUAGGCCUCAGCAGCCAAGGAGAUGGUGUUGUGGCGGUCUCGACUGAUCCUGGCCAAUCAGAGACACUUGAGAUUGUGAGGAAUGCCGAUGACCCGAACCGAGUUCGGAUCAAAGCACCAAAUGGAUUCUUCAUACAGGCGAAAACGGAUGUGUUGGUGACUGCGGACUACCCUGAGAGUACCAGCUGGGGAGAUGAUGAUCCUUCUGUCUUCCUGAUGACUAUAGUUGCCACACUGCAAGGGGAGUACCAAGUCACCAAUGGCUAUGGACCAGAAAAGGCUCCACAAGUCAUGAAGGAGCAUUGGAGCAGCUUUAUAGUGGAGGAUGACUUCAGUUUCAUAUCCCAGAAUGGACUGAAUGCUGUAAGAAUUCCAGUUGGGUGGUGGAUAGCCAGCGACCCGAAUCCUCCAAAGCCUUUUGUUGGCGGGUCCCUCCAAGCUUUGGAUAAUGCUUUCGCAUGGGCAGGGAAGUAUAAUAUAAAGGUCAUUGUGGACCUCCAUGCCGCACCCGGAUCACAGAAUGGAAAUGAGCACAGUGCCUCAAGAGAUGGUUCUCAAGAAUGGGGUAAGACUGAUGCCAAUAUAGAUCAGACGGUUGCAGUGAUAGAUUUUCUCACAGCUAGGUAUGCUCAAGACCCAAGCCUCCUUGCAAUUGAGCUUAUCAACGAGCCGCUAGCACCCGGGGUAACACUAGAUAGCCUAGAAAAGUACUAUCAAGCUGGAUACAACACUGUUCGCAAAUACACAUCCGAUGCCUACGUGAUUAUGUCGAACCGACUAUCGGCCGACCCGACGGAGCUCCUCGGGUUUGCCAGCGGAUUCCAGGGCUCUGUCAUCGACGCCCACUACUACAAUCUCUUCUCCAAUCAGUUCAAUGGCUUGACGGUGCAACAGAACAUCGACUACAUUAACAACAACCGAGCCAACGACCUUGCUACCAUAACCAGAUCUAAUGGCCCCCUCACUUUUGUUGGGGAAUGGGUGGCAGAAUGGGAGGUGAAAGGAGCAACAAAGGAGGACUAUCAAAGGUUUGCGCAGGCCCAAUUAAAAGUCUAUGGGCAGGCCACCUUUGGAUGGGCCUACUGGACCCUGAAGAAUGUUGACAACCAUUGGAGCUUGGAAUGGAUGAUUAAAAAUGGCUACAUUACUUUGUAAACCAAGCUCUGCUGCUCAAGAUUAGAUCAUUCCUACAAUAAUCUGAAUAACGCUCAGAAUUGAGUUGAAUUUCCACCUAGCGAAAAGCGGAAAUACUACUAGAAAACUCGAAAUGUCCAAGAUCAAUGCAUUGUCGUUGAUUACGCUACAUAAAUCAAUAAAUGGUGUUUAGGCUAA